ACCGAGCUAGCAUUCGUGGAGCUACGACAACGACGGAGCCCUGACACACGCGGCAUGGUGCUCGUAUCUCUCGACGACAGCUCAAUGGAUUACCUAGGCUUCACCGAGGCGACAAAUCUUCGGCUGAAGAUCCAGUCUCCGUUGUCGACGGACGAUCUUCAUAAACGGUUUCUCAAACUUCUGCGCCUCCUCUUCACCAACAAACAUGCGGCACUCGAAGUCUUUGAGAAAGCAUACGACGAUGUACGGGCUCAAGUCGACCAAGCCCACAUCCACAUGAUGCAAACUGAGUUGGAGGUACUGAUACAUGCGGCCCUCGCGCAUGCUCGCCGUCAGCUCAAACGCCACGAGGAUGCCGAGCUUCGAGACAUUAUGCGGAGGCAGCAGCUCUUGGAAGCCCAGGCAGGGCUCACUUGGCUCGAACAAGACCGCACUGAUCUUCUCGGAAAGCUUUCCACAAUCCCAUACCGAGACCACAAGGACAGAAUCCAGGCCCGAGUGCCAGGGACGUGUAGAUGGUUCACCGAUCACCCGACAUUCCUUCGAUGGAGAGCUGGUGAAGGUUCGCCGCUGCUGUGGGUAUCAGCAUUACCUGGAUGCGGCAAGUCUGUGCUGCUCAAGUAUCUCGUCGAUGACUUUCUCAACGUCCCGAACAGCGUCAUAUGUUACUUCUUCUUCAAGGACGACUCCGAAGUCCAGAAGUCUGCGAUCAAUGCGCUAAAAUGCUUGCUGCACCAGAUCUUGAUCAAGCGUCGCGACUUACUGAAUAAAGAGCUUCUGAAAAAGUUCGCAGAGGACCAGCAACUGUCGGAAUCAUUCACAGGCUUAUGGGCUGCGAUACUAGAAGUCACUGGAGCUGUUCACACAGGCGAAGUGGUUUUCGUCCUUGACGCCUUGGAUGAGUGUCAGAGCGCUGAACGCGCGAUCCUGAUCAGGCAUUUGGUCGGGUGGAACGACAACAGGUCUGCUCCGAACAGGCUCAAAAUACUUAUCUCAAGUCGACUGUACACCGAUAUCGACCGCGGGUUCUAUCAUGUCAAGGCCCAGAUACACCUUGCCGGAGAAAACGACAGGGAAAUCGAGCAGAUCUCCAAGGAAAUCGACUUGGUUAUCACCGCGAGGCUGCAUGAUGUAGCAGUACCCCUUCAACUGGAUGAGCCAGGACGAAAAAUCCUGCAGCAGGCAUUAAGCGAGAUUCCACAAAAGACCUACCUCUGGGUAUAUCUCGUGCUCGAGGAGCUUGAGAAGACACUCGAGACUGACGCCCGAGCUCUGCAAGAGAUAGUCAAAACGCUCCCGAAGCGUGUUGAAGACGUCUACGAAAAAAUGCUGAGCAGGAUCGGACACCCGCACAGGGUCAAAAAGAUGUUCUCUAUCCUCCUCGCUGCCGCCGAGCCACUGAAUCUGCUGCAGUUGUCCCAGGCAUGGGCUAUUGUGCCAGAAACGAAGCAUUACCAGAAAUUGAACGUACUGUCUGAAGCCCAAAUCACAAGUCUAGUGGGAGCAAUUUGUGGGCUGCUUGUCAUUGUCGUCGACAAAAAGGUCUACUUCCUACACCAAACCGCCAGAGAAUUUCUACUUUCUUCUACACCAGCGGGUCGGAACAGCCCAAACAACAACCCUUCCUGGAAAGAGAGCAUUGUGCUUGCAGAGGCACAACUUGGCUUGACGCGGACGUUGCUGAAUUAUUUGAGGUUGCCUGAUAUACCAGCACGUUCCGCCAGGGCCGCCGGGCAGCUGUCCAAUCCACCAGACCUGGCAAUUUACUGUGCUAAAAAUUUGUUACAGCACUUGCAGGAUACAGCACCACUCCUUGACCUCGCCGACCUGGAGCAGUUUGAGCUGAUAUGGAGAGACCGUAUGACUGUCUUGGAGCAGCUGUUCCCUGUGUUCUUCCCCAUAAAUUCAUCGCACCUGAUCUUGGCGGCUUGGGUAGGAUCCUCGCACCUUGUACGAGUGCUGCUCUCUGAAGCACAUUUGCAACUCGACCUCGAAGACCCUUACGUCAAACGGACAGCAUUGCACUGGGCGAUCCGGAGCGGCCAUGGCCACAUUGCGCUGUUGCUUAUAGACGCUGGCGCCGAUUUCAGCGGGGCAGAUUUGAACAGAGUGACCGCCUUCACUGCGGCCUGCGAGAGUUGUCAACUGGAGGUGGUGAGGAAGAUGCUAGACAGUGACUCCACCCUUGUAGACCAAACUGAUGACUAUGGUCGUACGCCCUUAUUUAAUGCUAUAUGGGCGUAUGGCGACUUUGUCGCAGACAUGUUUCUCGAACAUGGCGCGGAUCCGCGCUUACAAUUGGACACUGGCAUACGAUUGGAUGAGAGUUCUCCUUUUCAUCACCUGCUCACCGAAUGUCUUGGCUGGGAGGAGCUAUUGGAUACCUUGAUUGCUAGGGGAGCUGAUGUCAACGAGACGGACUAUGAAGAGUACACAGCAUUUGAUAUGGCAGCAAUGAGUGGCUAUAUCGAGGCGGUACCACUGCUACUGCGGUACGGCGCCACAAUCAGCAGGCACGAGGGAGCCCAAGCUCUGGCAUGUCUCCUCGGGCAAGUGGAUGUGUUGCAAUCGUUCCUCGACGAAGAUGUCGAGGCUCUUUGGAAAGAAGGGAGUGAUUUCUGCGAACCUCUCCUGUGGCUUGCUGCUCGAGGUGGUCACAUUGAAGCGGUACGGCUUCUCAUGACAAGGGGAGGAGAAGCCUACGUUGCGAGGGAGAUCCAGCACUCGGACUAUAAACACGGACGGCCACAGAUCAUGCAGAUACUGAAGGCCGAACAGGCACGGUUUCUAGCCGGAAGAGCCAACAAUUAGUCUCUUCUCCUCGGGCAAGCAAGAGCCCACGUCAAGCAUUGUUAGGCCGGAAUACGGGAGGACAAAGGGAAGAGGAAGUAGUCGUUGAGCUGCUGUGUAUAUAUGGCGCCUUGGAGUGAUGUCAAGACGACAAGAGUUAUGCGAUGCUUGAGCACAGGCAAACUACAAAUUCCGUGG